GUCAAGUUCUAUAUUUUUAAUUGUGUGUGUUCCGUUUGCGUCGAGAUUGUUGUGAUCAGUAUGAUCGUUUUGUUGUGGUUUAUUACAUAAAGUAACCGAAUUUGGCAAAGGUUUACAUCGCAGAGCACAGUUUGAGACGGAAAUAAAAGGAAAUCAUGUGAAUCCGGCCGGCGCAACGCAGCAUGAUGGCCAAAUCCAGGCAAGUGUGAUGGGCAUUAUGGUUUGUCCAAAAUGGUGGGCGUUCGCAUUUGGGUUCUUCACAUAAUUAUUCUCAUUGAUUGCUGCACGGCCAAACCGAAAGACUGUCCGAAAGUCUGCAUGUGCCUGGGCACCUACGUGGAUUGUAGCUCAAAUCAAUUUGAAACCAUACCUUCCAACAUACCACAAUGGGCUACUCACCUGAACCUUCAAAACAACUCUAUAAGGAAACUUACAGACGUCAAUUGGAAGCAUUUUCCCGAAUUGAAGGAGCUGAUUCUCAAUAAAAACAACAUCGCAGCUAUCCCUAAAGAUACAUUGCUUUAUCAAAUUCAGUUGAAGAUACUCGAGUUGAACCGGAAUAAGAUAAAAGCGCUGCAUGCUUUAAGCUUUAAAAGUCUUGCCAAUUUGAGCUCAUUGAAGCUGAAGAGGAAUCAAAUAAACGAAAUUAGUGAUGGAGCAUUUUACGGGCUUAUGAAAAUAGAUAAAUUGAUAAUGGACUAUAAUCACAUAAAAGUGAUAUCGAAACGUUGGCUGUACGGACUAGACACUCUCAAAGAGCUGUCUUUGAGUCAUAACUAUAUACACCAAAUAGACCUGGAUUCCUGGGAGUUUUGUAAUAGCCUGCAAAUGCUCGACCUAUCAUUCAAUAACCUACAAACUAUAGAUUCCGAGAGCUUUAAAAAUCUAGGGCAUCUAUUGAAAUUACAUUUGAACAAUAACAACAUCACAAAUAUCAAAGAAAACAGUUUUGUGCACUUGCCAAAACUCAAGGUAUUGAACUUGAGUUACAAUAGGAUAUUUUGGAUAGUAGAAGAUGCAAAUCAUGUAUUUCAAGGCUUGUCGGAUUUGAUAAAAUUCCAUCUGACAGGCAACAAAAUAAAUUCAAUCAACAAGGACGCAUUUGAAGGCCUGAAGAAUGUCACUUAUCUAAAUUUGAGCAACAACAACAUUACGUCAAUCCAAAAAGAUGCGUUUGAUCAUAUGCCGCUCCUAAAAGAUCUCAUUAUUAACACCACUAGUUUAAUCUGCGAUUGCAACUUGAAGUGGUUCUUAGACUACACAAAUCUCAAGCAGAUGAAAGUCGACAGCGCAUCUUGUGCAUAUCCGGAGUGGUUGAGAGGUCAUUCGUUAGCUAAUAUAACAAGUAACUUGACUUGCGAUGAGUUGCCCAAGCCAAGAUUGAUCGAGGAACCAGAUGCUAAUAUCAUGGCACUGAAAGGAGAGAAUGUAACUUUGAAAUGCAAGGCGAUAUCUAGUGCAAGAGGGGAGAUGAUAUUUACUUGGAAAAAAGAUAAUAUUGAGAUAUCACAGCCUGAUAUUAUUACAUCUAGUAGCGAUGACAAUGGAAAGUCUACAGAAGCUACCUCAUAUUUAAAUCUUGUCCAGGUGGACAAUUCACAUGCUGGUAAGUACCAGUGUGUCGUAUCGAACAGUUAUGGUUCGACAUACUCGCAAAAAUCAACAAUAUCAGUAUUAGUCUUCCCUACUUUCACGAAAACUCCAAAGAACGUCACAGUCAGGGUGGGGGAAAUGGUCAAGUGGGAAUGUGCUGCAAAUGGUGAACCGCCUCCUGAAAUAGCGUGGCACAAAGCUGGCGGAAAUGAUUUUCCAGCUGCAAGGGAAAGGCGGAUUCAGGUGAUGCCACAAGACGACAUAUUGUUCAUAAUCGACACGAAACCAAGCGACAUGGGCAUCUACAGCUGUACUGCGCACAACGCUGCGGGUACUGUGGUAGCCAAUGCUUCUCUGAUUAUCGAAGAGAAACCCUCGUUUAUAAGGAAGAUGGAGGACCGCGAAUUUAUCGCUGGAGAACACGUUGUUUUGCAGUGUUUAGCCAAAGGUAUUCCAAAACCGACGAUAACAUGGUACAAAGAUGGCCAAAUGAUAAUCCGUACUGAAAGACAUUUCUUUAUCCAUGAAGAUCAGAUGAUCAUCAUUGUCGAUUCUGUUCAGAGUGAUUCGGGUGUUUACGAAUGCCACUUGAAAAACACUCUUGGCGAAGAGUCCGGCCGCAGCCAUAUUAUAGUGAAACCGAACACUUACGACGCCUCAAACAUGCUGGGCAUUGUAAUAAUCUCGGUGGUGUGUUGUGCCGUUUUAACCUCGAUCGUGUGGGUGGUGAUCAUCUACCAGACGAGGAGGAGAAUGGUUCCGGCGAGUACGAUACCGCCUUCCACGUCGCCACAGAACGAGUUCCACGAGUUGUCGGAGAAAAGUAGAAGCACGCAAAUGCAGAUGCAACUGUUCCCCGACAACCUGUCCGAUCGUUCUUCGUGCAAAGACAGCGGCACCGGCGACUCUGCGAAGCGCAGCAGCGACGAUUUGGCGGUCCACGAAGAUUUCGUCACGUCGGGGGCGGCGAUCGACGCGGUCGACGGCGUGGAGGCGGCGAACAACUCGCACGCACCGCUGUUGCACUACGUCAGGGUCGCGGCUUGCAUUCAACCCGCUGCGGAGGCGGGCAAGGCUGGACCUUCCGCUGUUUAGCAGAUAGGUAACCGACUGUUACAACAUAGAGAAGUAUUAAUCCGUAACGUAAUUUUACUUGAAUAUUUUCUACUGGAAGAGGAAACCGCGUCUCGAAAGAUGUUUGCUUUAAAAGUAUUUUUUUAACUAUUAAAACCGAGGUUUCUCAUCAAUUAAUUUCAAAGUACAAAUUAGAAUUUGCUCCUAAACUAAAACAUUAUUUUUUAAUGUUCACAUGCUAAUAAUCUGUCUUGCAGAUCAAUAUUAUCCUUAGUACAGCUAAUUUAGAGAAUAUUCUGUAGGUUUUCUGUCCAAAAGCUUUAAAUAUAUGCCAGCUGUUAAGAAUUAUAAGUGGAUGCCGUAUUUAAAUCUUGAGUUCCAACAGUAGCAUUUUUUAGCCCAGUUUUUUCAGUCUGAAAGUUUUGUAAAGUGACCAACAUUUUUUCUUAAAUUCCAAUAACCCAUGUGCCAUCUUUGUUGCCUAACUAUUUUAACAAAUCCUGUGUUUUUUCAUAUUUUUUUGGGGUCAAGGUUUAAAUAUGAUUUUGCCAUACUGUAUAAAGUACAAUUGAGUUAUGUUCCUUUUUUCUGAAACCGUAGACAUGUAGCUCGAAACUAUAGCUGUAAGGUAUUAUUUAAGGCAGAAAUGCACAGAAUGAAGUUUUAGCAUCACGAACGUGUUUUAGCCAUUACUUUUUUUUGAUAGAUUGAUAGUUUAGCCACAGUUUGUGCAUUUCUGGUUUAAGAGGUAAAAAUGUAACUUAUUGUUCUAACAAUUGUGAAUGCAGCAACAGAUACUAACUUGAUCGACUGCAACCCUUUAGUAGACAAACGACUAGCAAUCUGUGAGAUGCGAUGAAAGGAUCCCGCAUAAAACAUUUUAAAAAUUGCUUCCAGUUGAUUUGUCUAAAAUUCAAGUUGAUAUAUUUCUCGCCUUGAUUGAAAUUGAUCAUCGGAUUGCUUUGGUCCCAGUAGAAAUUUUACUCAGGAAAGCGAGAAAUACAUCAUAAUAAAUUUUUAGGCAAAUCGACUGGGGCUCAUUUUUAUAUGAUUUGUGCGGGGUCCUUUGUAGGCACGAUUAACGUUUCAAAAGAUUAUAAGGUAUCUUUAAUCGUAUUCAGGUGAGCGAUUGAAGAUGAAACGUCAUCUAACUCAAAUUCUGUUCCAGGCAAUGGAAAUCUUUUCUAUUAUCUCGGUUUCCUUUCAAAGCCUUCUAUCUCAUGGAAUCCCGUCUUUGAGUUGCAUUCUUUAAAGCAUAUUGUAUUCAAGGAUAGAUUGUAAAGACAUUUGACAUCUGCGACUGACAGCCCUUAAGUAAUGCCUCAUUUCAUCAGGUAUAAGACGAUUUUGAAGUAACUGUACGCGAUGGAGGAACAUACAUGAUAAUCUUUGUAAAACUUUCAAUUAUUGUAUAAAAGGGGUGCUACAAAAUACAAACGAGUUUUCCGAACAUUUUUUGACACUUGUGGCAAUAGAGCAUUUUAUUUCAAGGUCUGUUGUUUGACUGACGCUUUGCAGUCUGCCAUUGAAUGCAGUUUUUAACAGAGCUAAGGACAUUUGCGUUUUAUUUUUGACGCCAAAAACGUACUGCUACGUUUAAUCUUCAGAGUGUUGGAGAGACUCACAGAUUGCUGUUCAUUUGUCUUAUAGAAUCUGACGUAGAAUAUAGAUAUUUAUUCAAAACUACAGUAUUUCAACUUUAGAUGAAUUUAUUCAUCUGUUAGCGCGAAAAUAUUCAAUCAUUGUUCAUGCGUUUGAAAAUUAUCUGUCAAAUUCGUAUUGUCCUUCAUUUUUCACCAAUACAUCGUUCCUUAUAUACGAAAUUUUAAUGUACUAAUCAAGUGCUUUAUAAACUUAUUGUAUGCUUAUGACGUUGAGGUGCCUUAUAGGUAGAGUUAAAAAAAAAAUGAGAAUGUGAUGCUAAGAUUGGCCUUUCACUCUACCUAAAGCAACUUAAAGCCUCUAUUAUUGAAAAAGUAUGUUCGAAUUAUAUACAAAAUUCAUAUACAUGGGGAAUUUGUCAAGUGGCAAUUCUUAUUGAUUGAAAUUUGUGCUGAAAAAACGCUGCUUCUGAUUUCGUUAAAAAUUUCUAAAUUUUGAAAAGCUCACAGCAUCUUAUAGAAUCCAUAUUGUCUACUAUAUUUACACUCAGAUUGCAUAAAUUAUAUAAAAAGUAUACACAAACAAAAUUAUAAUUAUUAAAAAUGCAUAUUGUAUUGCCUAAAGCAUAACAUUGGUGUGAUCAUAUUUAAAAAAAUUUAAUGUUUCAAAUGAGCCAUUUAUGAUAAUCUUUUUAGUACUAAUAUUUAAAUAUGUUUUAUGAGACAAACAAUUUUUUUUAGGUCUUUUUUUACGGAACUGAAAAAUUCUAGAUUUGCCUUGAAAAAUGAUAACCCAAAAAUUUUAUAAUUCACUGUUUUAUAUUUUGAAUCUUUGAUAGUCGAAUACUCUAAACUCCACCCAUAAUUUGAUUUAAGUUAAUCUGCAAAUUAAAAGAUCUAAUUAAAGUUUUAAAAUUCACAAAAUAAAUGAAUCCCUUCUUGAUAAAGAGGGAGACAUCUCCUUUCAACAUCGUCCAUUUUAACAUUGUAUAUAUUGUGAUAUUUUUUGAAGUAACAUAUAUUUUAAGUUAUCCUUAAAAUCAUUUUAAUAUUUUUUUAGAUUUCCCAGUACUAUCUUAUUUGUUAUAGAAAAAGUAUUGACGUGUGAUUGGGUGCAAUAUCUGAAUGAUUUUUGUUGAUUGGAUGCGACAGGAAUUUCGUACCUGUUGAGUUUUAUUUAUUUAUUUGCUAGUGUUGAUUUAGUUUUAGGAAAAUCCGUACAUUGUACCAUUGAUUUACGUAUUCCACCAGAAGAUUGCUGACAAACCAUUCAACUUAUGCUUACAACUAUACAGGGUCAAGUCAAAAUAGUUAUCAGAAGAAUAUAAAAAAUCUAAGUCGUGUACUUUUCAAAUUUCAAUUUUUUCUUAGACACAGUGACGGACGGUGUCAUUCUACGUAGUGAUAGCAAGACAGAUACUUCUGUCUAAGACAAAAUUGAAAUUUGUAGUAAUGGGAACUAAAAAAUCAUCAAAGGGUGUGUAUUUUUCCGGAUUUUUUUAAGCCUAAUUCGAAAAGUACACGACUUUGAUUUUUUAUAUUUUUCUGAUUCCUAUUCAGCCUUUCCGGCUUGAGGUGCCAACGUUGCCUUUUUCUUUCUCUUGCCGCAGGUUAUGGGAUUUCCUUUUCCGUCGUUGCAAGAAUCUGAGGAUACGGAGUUUUAGGAAUGAUUACGAGGGAUAGUGAAUGAUUUCUCCUCGGAAGAAUACGUGAAUCAAUGAUUAUACCGAGUUUUACACUGGAAUCCAUAUUAGAAUGGGAUCGUUUUAGAAAUGUUUUUAAUUUGCUUAUUCAUCAGUAUUUUCUAAAUGUUAUUUUUACGUAAAGAUGCGAGUGGAUCAACUGCAGGGACAUACUGUUUUUUUCCUUCAAAGAACCUCGCACAAAAUAUACGGAAAAUGGAUCCCAGUCGAUUUGUCCGAAGUUUCAGUAUGAUAUAUUUCUCGCUUCCCUGAACAAAAGAUAGUUGCCGAUUUGCAAAAAAAAAAUAUGAACGUCCACUUAAUCAUGUACGUUUAUAAAACAGUUGGUGCUUUUAAUAGAUACAAUCCUCCAAUUAUCACUUGUGGGAGGUGCUAAUAAACCAAUUAAUUUUGUCCAGUGACAUGCAAUAAAACGGUUUUUAUUUUUUUCUCGAAAAUGAAGUAACACGAAAAAAAUAGAAGAGGCAAAGAAGUUGUAUUUUUAGAUGCUUAAUCAACCAACAAAUAUUAGUGUUACAAAAGUCAGUGGCAUACAUUUUAUUGCCAAUAAUAUUCGCUAAGGUGCCCCCCAGUUCCUAAUAAUUUUAAUCUAAUAAUGGCUGAAUUAGUCUCUUAAUACAAGUAUUAUUGCUAAAUUUUAACAGAAUCAAGUAAAUAUUUUUUAAGAUGUCAAUUAAAAAAUACUUUUUUUAAAAACUCUGCAUUUCCGGACCCAUGUUUAUAAGAACUUUUAUACAUAAUUUUUAACAAGUAAAGUAUCUCCGUCUAUUUCUCAAACACCCUGUAUAACAAACUUCCUCCGCCUAUUUCUGAGAAACUAAUCAUAGAAUCGCUUUGGUCCCGUGAGAAAUUUUGUUCAGCAAAGUGAGAAAUAUAUCAUACCCAAUUUUCAGAAAAAUCGACUCCAUUUUCCAUAAAUUUUGGCGCUGGGUCCUUUUUCGAAAUGAAAUAAAGAAAUCCUUAUAAAGGAAGACCAGUUUCUGAAAAUUUUUGGGAAGUCGGUCUUGUCUGGUUUAUCGGACAUACUCCUACCGAAAAUAAGUGUGAGGUCACAUGUUCUUAGAGACCGAUGUCCACUAGGGCAAAAAAUUACAUGCUGUUGGAUAUCUUCUAUAAGUUGUGUCAUGUUUUGUGACGUAUAUCGGAAAUUCAGAAGCCAACAUUUAUCUCAUUAUUACAAAUAUUCAUCAGAUCUUCCAGAAAAUGUUCAAAAAUUGGUUCUCAGAUUCUAAUGAGCCAUGGCGCCCGUAUGGCAGAAGGAAUAAUUAAUGGCACAGUCCUAGCUAUCAGCUUUUAUAAUAAUUUCUUUGUUUUAAUGCAUUUUAAGGUUCUAAGCUUAAAAUCCAGUGUAAUAUUCGAGUUCCUAUAUAAAACGUGGAAUUGUAUUAUCUGUGUAAGCUUUAUGUAUAUGUAUGCUC